CACGGCCCGUGCGGUAGCGUAUGUCUGAUUCCCCCACCACUCCGUUAGACGCUAAGGAAGUUCGUCGUUACUAGUGUCGCCAUCGACGCACUCAAUUAUGCCAAAUCUGACCACAUUGCUGGCCACACUGGUAUCGACCCUUUCGUGUGUGUCAUGUAAUGUGUCAGUGGUCAUGAAUUAAAUUAGGUUAUCAAUUAUUUACUGUUGUUAAUUGUCAUCGACAAUUAAUAUUAUUCGUGGAUGAAUUUCGUUCUUAUUUAUGCGAGUGUUUUGCAUACGUGGCAAGAUUUGCCACCAAUCAGAAAACGCGAGUUUUGAUAGGCGUGGCUUCGAACACGUAUACUUGCCUCUACGUCCGGCCGCCAUAAUUCUUGAGAAGAAAUCGUCGUGCGUGAAUUCUUGUGGGAUCACUUGGGAUUCUCUGUAGACAAACAUAGUACGCUGUUCAUUUUACAUUCCUUGGUGGAAGCGGUCUACUGAAAAUAUUUUUAGUGAGCAGUAUAGGGAUAGGCAAAAUGGAUCUCCAGACAGGAUUAGUUUGCAUAGCAGUGGUAGUUAUUUCUGCAGUAGUUAUUGUUUUAGUAUCAAUGUUUGGUAUAAAAGAAAAGUCUUAUGAAGAGGCAAUAGCUGAACAGAGAAAACUUCCUGAUGACCUUUUAUUAAGUAAGAAGGAUAAGGGUAAAGAAAAGAAACAUAAGAAUAAGGCAGGAAAGAAAGUGAAAGAAAAGAAAGAAGAGAAGGAUGAAAAGGAUGAUAAAGAAGAAAAGUCUGAGCAUGUCCAAUUUGAAGAAAACCCUAAAAUAUUACCUUUAGAACCAUUAACACGGGAGGGUAGCAAAGGAAGUAAGAAGAAAAGCAAGUUUGAAAAACUAAAGCCAAUUCUUGUAAAUAAAGAUGAGCCACUGGUUAUUGUGACUGACUUAAGUCCUUCACAACCUCCCUUAGUGGAGGCUAACCAUUUUGACCUCAUUCAGCCAAAGGAUGACCUUGAACUCAUACGGAGUCAUAGUAAAGAAAAUUUGCAUCAAAUCAGUCAAUCUGAGCCAGUUGCAAAUAAGUCUCCAAAGGAAACUCCAACAAAGGCAAAGAAGAAUGCAAAAGACUCUGUAAAGAAGAAGGAUGAAAAUAGUAAGGAAGAGAAGAAAGAUGAAAAAAAAGAAACAACUGCCUCCAUUAAUACAACAUCAGUUAUUAAUAAAGAUGCUGUAAAGGAGACGAAAGACAUUAAAGAACAGAAAGAAAGUGUGGUUAAAGAUGUAAAAGAAAUAGUAAAAGAAAUUGCACCAUCCACUCAACUUCCAAAUAAAGAAUCCAAAAAGACAAAGAAGAAGAACGAUAUUCUAGCUCAAAUUGGUGGAGACAGAGAUGCUGUUAAUGUAUCUCUCUUGAUGCCUUUGGUUCAAAAGGCUGAACUUAGCCGUUCUGAAAUACAAAUUCUCAUUGAUCAGCUUUUGAAUAAACAAAUGGAUAAUCCAUCAGAACACUCGGAGUGGACAGAAGGCCGUGCAGACCCAGUUAUUAAAUUAAAGAAACAACUGGCAGAAAAAGAAAAGGCUUUCGCCGACGAACAUGAAGCAAAUAUUGCAUUUCAAAAUAAACUGAAAGAAUUACGUGCUGAACUUAAUUCUGAAAGAUCUAGAUUAUCGGCUAGCGUGAGACAACUAGAAGAAGCAUUAAAUACUAAGGUUACAGAAACUCAAACUUUACAUACGCGUAUGCAACACAUUUUGGAAAGUCAUGCUGCUGAGAAACAAGGUUUCACAAGACAGAUUGAACAAUUGCAAGCUAAAGUAAAUGAAAAUGCUGCAAUUAUUCAUAAAAUGCAAGAUCAAGGACAAACUCAGGGCCAUUUACAGCAAGAAUUAAUAGCACAGCGCAAACAGAUGGAAGUUCAAUUUGCACAAAUGCGUGAAAACGAAAAUGCAUUAAAAGCACAGCUAGCUCAAAAACAAUUAGAGGUACAAGAAUCGCAAAAUGAAUUACAAGAAACUUGUGAGAGUAGUGCCGCUGAAAUAGAAAUGUCACGGCGACAGUUGGAACAUAUGCAAGAGCAGUUUAUGCGCGCGGAUGUACAAUUGCAACAUUUCAAAGAUACAGUGCAAGAUGUUGCUAGACAACUAGAUGAAUCUCAUCGUGCUAAUGCUGAUUUAGAUCAUAGAUUGCAAAACGCACAUCGUCGUGAACAAGAUCUCCAGAAACAAGUAAACUCAUUACAAACAGAAUUAAAUACUGUACAAGCAGAGGCUAACGACGUUUCUACGUUAAAAGGUGAAUUAAAUAAAGCCCAGUCUGAACUAGUAAUAUUAAAAUCUGAAUUGUCAGUUUCAAUGAACGAGACACAAUCUGAAGCAGCUGAAAUUGCAACUCUUAAAGUGACAUUAGCGAAUAAAGAAGAGGAAUUGAUAAAAUCUCAGGAUGAACUUAACAAUAUAAAAAUUGAGUUAAAACAAUCAAUGGAAAAUGCAACACAGUUCGAAGCAUAUUUGAAUAUCGCGCAAGAGAAAGCGGAUAUGACAAAAGCUGAAUUUGAAAAAGCAACAGAAAGUCUGAAGAAAGUGCAAGGUGAAGUUAAUGGGUAUCAAAGUGACAUGCAGAAAUUAAAGGAAGAACUAAAACAAACACAAACUGAAUUAGAAAAUACUCGCGCGAAACUUACACCUGCAAAUGAAACGGCAAAUGAAAUGAAAAUGUUAAAAGUAGAAAUGAAUAAAUUACAAAAUAAUGAAAUGAAAUUAAAUGAAACACAGUUACAGAUUACACGGUUACAAGAAGAAAAUGAUAGACUUUCUACACAGCUCGUAAAUUUCAUAGAGUUUCAAAAACAACUUAAACAAUUACAAGAAGAAAAUGAAUCAUUAGCUUCCCAGUUAACGGCAAUCGCUGAACGACCAGCUGCAGAAGGUCGAGAAAAUGGAAUCGAUGAUAAUAUACAAAAAAAAGAAACUUUGUUGGUCCAAAAGGAGAAUCAACUAGAUGCCUUAAAAACAGAAUUGACACAUAAAGAAGCAGAACUUAAACAAUUAAAUGCUCAAGUUGAUGCUUUACGAAGUGAUCUAAACAGUCACCGUAGUCUUGCUGCCCGAUUGAGUGAUGAUUUAGAAGCACAAAGAUCCAAAAAUAAUGAGUUGCGUAUUAAAAACUGGAAAGUGAUGGAAGCUCUUUCUGCUGCUGAAUCGCGUGCUAAAUCUAAUAAUGGGAAAAACUUUGAUGAAAUUAUACAAAAAAUCAAAAUAGAGCAAGAAGAAUUAACAAAAGCUUUCCUACAAAGGAUAUUCCCAGAAAUAAAAGUAUCUGAAAAAUCACAUGAUCAAUGGCUUAGACUUUUUGAGGAAAAAGUAAGCACAGUUUUGAGUGAAUUAAAGAAAAAAAAUGUAAUUGACAAACAUUCAGAGUUGGAAAAACAAAAUAAAAGCUUACAAGACAUGGUUUCACAUUAUAAACAAAUUAUUGACGAUACAGAAACUAUGCUUAAUAAACUUCAAAGUCAUGUGGAGUCGGAAGAAGCAAGGUGGGAAUCUCAACUUCGGCAAAAGGAAAACGAAGUUGCAAAUCUUAGGAUUGAAUUAAGCGAACUCAUGAAUAAAUUAAAUGCAAAUGAAAUGGUCCAAGUCAAACUAGUGGAGUUGGAAAGUAGGUUAAAAGAGGCCGAAUCUUUUAAAGAACAGGCUGAUGCUGAAUAUUGGAGUUCAGGGGUAUUGGAAAACCUUAAAAAGGAUAAAGCGCAAUUGUCAGAAGAACUUCAAUCAGAGUGUAAUAAGAGAACAACGUUGGAUGCAGAAGUAAUCAAGUUGCGUUCUCUAGUUGCACAACAUCAACAAGAAGUAUCACAACUCAAGAACGAAGUUAGCGAAGGUUGUAGCAGUUCAGAACAGUCAAUCUUAAAUGGCCCACCAACUUCUGAGUGUCCUAAUUCUGAGCCUCCACUAGCAGCACAGACUCUGAUAGCUGCAUUAGAAAAUACUCUUCUCAAGAAUACAGAGUUCGCAAAUUGUUCUGUUACCAAGCCCAUCAAUUUGGUUCAGUCUCAACAAGAAAUUGACAACAGCCCCCUUUCUACAAAAUACUCCUCCAAAUCUUGUCAUAUGACAGAUCACAACACACAGGCUAGCUGGAAUCCAUUGAUGGGCCAGCAGCAUAAAAAGUACAAGAAAAAAAGGAAGGUAAACUCCAAAAUUAUGAAAGAAGAAACAAAUAUUAUUGGCUCUAUUACCAUAUAG